CAGGUAUAUACAGUAUGCAUUUUGGAUAGGUGUCAUUAAAGAGGGAAAAAUAAUGAAGAGGAAGAAGGCAGACAUAGCGUCCUUCUUCAGGGCAAGUGGAAAGAAGACAGCUAAGGCAAAGAAUGAGGAUGAGAUGGAGAAAAAACAGGCAGAGAGCGAGGAUGAGGAGCCCCCAGAGAGCAGCAACUUAAAUGGACCUCCAGAUGUUUCUGAAAGAUUGAUUGAGAGCAGGACAGAAGAGUCCUCCCUGAGGAGUGGCCCCAGUGGAUCCCCAGAUUCCCACAGAGAAGAUUCAGACAGCGAGAGAGAGGAGCCUCCAACAACGAGUGGCGGCCCAAGUGGACCUCCAGACAUUUCCAAAUCAAGAACUGAUAGUCCAAUCCAGCCACGUCUGAAACUCUAUCCGAGGACACUCCAGGGCGACAGGCGCAGACACUUUCAGGCAUCGUGGUACUCUAUCCACACAUGGCUUGAAUAUUCACUGUCACAAGACUCAGCAUACUGUUAUGCAUGCAGGCAUUUUGGCCUCCCACACACAGAGUCAGUGUUUACGUCAGCCUUGGGUUUUAAAAACUGGAAAAAGGCAACAUUCAGAGAUGGAGGGUUUUGUGGACAUGCAAAGGGAGAGGGUCACACAAAUGCAAUGAUUGCUUGGAAAGAAUAUGAGAGAGCAGAUAAAGCUGAUGCCUUGUUAAUGAGUACUUUAAGUAAAGAACAUCAUAAGCAGAUAGAGGAAAAUCGUGCCUACAUAAAAAGUUUAGCAGAAGUCCUACUGUUAACUGCAACCCAGAAUAUUUCACAGAGGGGACACAAGGAGACAGUAGAUGCAGACAACAGGGGAAACUUCUUGGCUAUAUUGGACAUGAUUGCUAAACAUGACCCAGUUGUUAAAAAGAAAAUGACAGGGCCUCGCAAUGCAAAAUACACGAGCCACCAAAUUCAAAAUGAAAUUUUGGAUACAUUAGCUGAAAUGGUACGCGCUUCCAUCAUAAACGAAGUCAAGGAGAGUGAAGUCUUUUCCCUUAUGGCAGAUGAAACUAAAGACCUUAAAAAAAAGGAGCAGAUCUCUUUAGUGUUAAGAUAUUAUUAUGCAGGAGCCGUAAAAGAGAGCUUUUUGCACUUUGAAUCUGCAGACCGCCUAGAUGCUGCAGGCCUGACGCAUAAAAUAAUACAGGUACUUGAGAGAUGUGGCUUGGAAUACAAAAGUAACCUGAUCGGGCAAUCAUAUGAUGGGGCUUCUGUCAUGAGUGGCAAGCACUCAGGCGUUCAGGCUCGUAUUAAAGAGGUGGCAAAACAGGCCUUUUAUGUACAUUGUAAUGCCCAUUGUCUUAAUCUUGUUCUUGUGGACACAGUUAAGGCAGUACCACAAGCUGAAUGUUUUUUCGCAUUGUUGCAGAGACUCUAUGUAUUUGUGUCUGGCUCGUACAUUCACAACAAGUGGCUGAACAUACAGAAAGAAAUGUAUCCUGGAGCACCCAGAGAACUUCAGCGAUUGAGUGAAACAAGGUGGGCUUGCCGGCAUAUAGCUUGCCACACUGUUCUUGAUAGACUACCUGCCAUCAUGCGUCUCCUUGUAGAAGUGGCUUCAGAAAACAGUGGCGAUAGAAGCAUUGAUGCACGAGGCCUGCUCGCUCAAUUUGACCUGCAGUUCAUUGGACUUUUGGUGAUAUGCAAUAAGGUUUUUGGUGAUGCAAGGUGUCUCUCUGACAUGCUACAGUCUCCCUCUCUUGAUUUGUGUUCAGCUGUGGAUCUAGUUCAAGCCCUUGUGCAAAAUGUUCAAGCUUACAGGGAUGAAUCCUACUUUGAAGGACUCUGGAGAGAAAUCUUAAAUACUGCUGAAAAAUGUGAUGUAGAGGUGGAACCUACUUCAAAAAGAAAGACAAAACAGAGCCGGUGGCUAGAUGGACAUGCUGUCAUGUCCUCAACGGGUGAGCGUUCAGAGCAGAGUAUGGACACUUUCCGUACUAGCAUAUUUUACCCUGUGCUGGAUAACAUGCUCAACUCCGCCUAA